AAAGGAAAAGAAGAGAAAGAACCUGAACGUGAUCGUAACCAAAAUGACCCAAAGAGAGAUGAUCCAAAAAGAGAUGAUGAUAAAAAUCGAAAGCCUGGAGAUAAUACUCAAGAUCCUGCUUUAAAAAAUGAUGGAGAGGGAAAUCAAGGCGGAAAUAAUGGAAACCAGGGAAAUCAAGGCGGAAAUAAUGGAAAUCAGGGAAACCAAGGCGGAAAUAAUGGAAAUUCAGGAAAUCAAGGCGGAAAUAAUGGAAACCAGGGAAAUCAAGGCGGAAAUGAUGGAAAUCAAGGAAACCAAGGAAAUCAAGGCGGAAAUAAUGGAAAUCAAGGAAAUCAGGGCAACCAAGGCGGAAAUAAUGGAAAUUCAGGAAAUCAAGGUGGAAAUAAUGGAAAUUCAGGAAAUCAAGGCGGAAAUAAUGGAAAUUCAGGAAAUCAAGGCGGAAAUAAUGGAAAUCAAGGAAAUCAGGGCAACCAAGGCGGAAAUUCAGGAAAUCAAGGCGGAAAUAAUGGAAAUCAAGGAAAUCAGGGCAACCAAGGCGGAAAUAAUGGAAACCAGGGAAAUCAAGGCGGAAAUUCAGGAAAUCAAGGCGGAAAUAAUGGAAAUUCAGGAAAUCAAGGCGGAAAUCAAGGAAAUCAGGGCAACCAAGGCGGAAAUAAUGGAAACCAGGGAAAUCAAGGCGGAAAUUCAGGAAAUCAAGGCGGAAAUAAUGGAAAUUCAGGAAAUCAAGGCGGAAAUAAUGGAAAUUCAGGAAAUCAAGGCGGAAAUAAUGGAAAUCAAGGAAAUCAGGGCAACCAAGGCGGAAAUAAUGGAAAUUCAGGAAAUCAAGGUGGAAAUAAUGGAAAUCAAGGAAAUAAUAAAGGAGAGAAGGGCGACAAAGGUGAAACAGGAAGUCAAGGAGAAAAAGGCCAGCAAGGAGAAAAGGGAGAAAAAGGAUCAACUGGAGAAAAUGGAGCCAAAGGAGAUAAGGGUGAUGAUGGAACUGCAGGAGCUGAAGGCAAAGCAGGAGAAAAAGGAGAACCAGGAGAUAAAGGUCUUGACGGGGCUCAAGGACAAAAGGGCGACAAAGGAGAUGUAGGACAAAAGGGAGAUACAGGCGAAAAAGGCGAACCGGGAGAAAAAGGACUUGAUGGUCAAAAAGGCGAUGUUGGACCUCAAGGACCAAAAGGAGAUAGCGUAAAAGGAGAUCAGGGACCUGAAGGACCUUGUUGCAAAGGCGAAGAUGGAGUUGCUGGCGCAAAAGGAGAACCUGGAGUAGAUGGCGCUAAAGGCGACAAAGGAGAUCUUGGAGAAAAAGGACUUCAGGGUGAAAAAGGAGAUCCCGGAGAACAAGGAUUAAAAGGAGAUGCUGGAGAAAAAGGAGAUCAAGGCCUAAAAGGCGACCAAGGUGAAAAAGGAGAAGUUGGUUUGCAAGGAAUUCAAGGAGAUGUCGGUCCAAAAGGCGAUCCUGGCUUAAAAGGCGAUGUUGGAGAGAAAGGAGAUCCCGGAGUUCAAGGAGAAAAAGGCGAUGUUGGUCCUGCUGGCAAAGAUGGAUUAUCAGUCAAGGGCGACAAAGGCGAUGCCGGAGAAAAUGGCAUUUGUGAUUGCACAGAUGUCGUUGGAACAAAAGGAGAACCCGGAGAAAAGGGCGAAACAGGAGCUAAAGGCGAACCUGGAUUAGAUGGAGCUGUCGGAGCAAAAGGCGAGCCCGGACUUCAAGGUUUACAAGGCUUAAAAGGAGAUCCUGGAGAACCAGGUGCUGCUGGUAAAAACGGAAAAGACGGAGUAAAUGGUGAAAAAGGCGAAAAGGGAGACAAGGGCGAUCGCGGAGAAUCAAUUAAAGGACAAAAAGGAGAUGUUGGACCUCAAGGACCUCCCGGAAAGCCAGGUGUUUGUGGAUGUUCUCAUAAAAAUGACGAUGAUGAUAAAUAUCGCCAUCAUAGUCACUAUAGAUAUCGUGAUCCUUAUUAUCGCAGUUCUAAAGUUCAACCCGACUUUGAAGAAGACUUUGAUUAUCCACAAGCGCCUGUAAAGCACUCCAAAAAAGCAAGAUCAUAUCCAGGAAGAGGUCAACUCGGAAGUUCUUUAAAUCCAGAUGUACAUUCUGAUAUGCGAAUGGGAGCUCCACGUUACACGAAAUCACCAAUGAAAAUAACGUUAUCCCAGCCAAGAAAGGAUUCAGCAGACUUUUUCUAUGACAACGGAUUUAACGAAAAAUUAAACGUUGAAAAUGAUGAAAACAGCGAUGGAUCCGAAUCUGAUUCCAGCUCUGAUUCCGACGACGAUUAAAUAAUU